AUGUCGAGUACCGGAGUUCCCAUGUACCGUCGGAGCUUUGAUCCAGAUCAGCGAAUCCGCCGUCCUUUAGUGGAAUACUGUACGAAUGAGUGGCGAAACGAACCAAAUUAUCGUUACGAACCGUCACCUGAACGUGCCACAUACUCCGACGACUUUGUCGAUUGCCUCGAAGACCUUUGGGACAAUACAGUCAGUGUGGUCAAGGCCCCUAAAUUUCGAAGGCUUCUUAUGGUAAUCAUCGUGGCGACCAUAGCCUUGCUCGUGCUGUGCGUCAAGAUUUGGCCAGUCCUCAAUGAAGAAAGAGUAAUAUUAGCUUCGGUGAACAAGAACGCAGGUUCGGCCUCUGGUGGUUUAUUUGGGAUCAACGUGCGACCUCAAUUUCCCGGGAUGAUUCAAGUGCAGACGCUCGAUCCCCGUCUUCUCCCACAAGCAGCCAAACCCCAGGCUUCGGCAACUGGAAACAAGAAGAGAUUGGUGUUCAUUGGAGACAUUCAUGGUUGCAAGAAAGAGCUGGAAGCAUUGUUGAAAGCAGUGCAAUUUGAUCCGGUGACGGAUCAUUUGGUCGCUCUGGGAGAUAUCGUCUCCAAAGGUCCUGAUUCACCCGGAGUUAUCGACCUGUUGCGUGGCUAUAAUGCUUCUUGUGUGCGCGGCAACCACGACGAUCGACUCCUCCUGGUUGUCGAAGAUCUGCAUUCCACAUCUCUUACCUCACAGAAGAAUGCUAGAUUUGCCUCAGACGCGGCAACCCAGGCAUCACUGAACAAGGACAAUGCUGUGAGGAAUCUGGCCAUGUCUCUGGAUGCAGCUCAGGUUGAGUGGCUCAAAUCUUGUCCUGUCAUCCUUCGCAUUGGAGAAUUGAAAGCGUUCCAUGGAGAAACUGUUGCGGUCCAUGGUGGUCUGGUCCUGGGCAUCCCUUUAGAGCAACAAGACCCGGUGUCAGUCAUGAACAUGCGAACGGUGGAUAUGCAAACCCACGUACCGUCGCAGAAACACGAAGGAAAAGGAGGCAAAAGCAAGGCUUGGUACAAGUUGUGGAACAAGCAUCAGCAGUUACUCCCCACACGCCAGGGCUGGAAUCGCCUGAAGAGCUUCGGCAAGAAAAAAUCCGCCGAGAAGCCAAUGACUGUGCUCUACGGACAUGAUUCUAAGACAGGCUUGAAGAUUAAAAAAUACACCAAAGGACUUGACACUGGCUGCGUCAAGGGGGGAAAACUCACCGCUUUGGUGGUGGAUGGCGACGGCAGGCAGGAAAUUGUUCAGGUCGAUUGCAAAGAUCGUCGUCAGGUAUCAGCAGCUCGAGAGACUAUGGAUGACAUUCCCAAAAAAGGGAAAUCCGAGCCACCUGUUGAUAACUCGAAUUGA